GCAUGGGGAGCACGGUUAAAAUCCCAAUUUCAGGGGAACUACCCAAUUCGAGGACGAACAAUACAAACAACGUGGAGUUGCCUAUCGAUAUGCGUUUCAACGAAGGCCACGUUGUUAGCAUAAUCAUUUACAGCGUGUUGAUGAUAAUAUCCGCCGUGGGGAACACGACCGUUCUAGUGCUAAUUACGCGACGCAAACGUGCGUCCAAAUCGAGGAUACACGUAAUGCUGAUGCACCUUGCGAUCGCAGAUUUACUUGUCACUUUCCUCAUGAUGCCCCUCGAGAUCGGUUGGGCCAUCACGGUGUCCUGGAAAGCAGGGGAUGCCAUGUGCCGAAUAAUGGCUUUCUUCAGAGUGUUUGGCUUAUACUUGUCAUCCCUAAUUUUGGUGUGCAUAAGCAUGGACAGAUAUUACGCCAUAAUACGGCCCCUCCAGCUACGGGACGUCGACAAGAGAGGAAAAAUCAUGAUAUGCCUCGCCUGGGUGGGAUCCAUCGUAUUCUCCAUGCCUCAGAUGGUUGUGUUUCACCUGGAGACCCAUCCAAACAUCACCUGGUACUCGCAGUGCGUCACGUUCAACACAUUUCCAACGUACACUCACGAAGUAACGUAUUCUCUGUUUGGAAUGGUCGUAAUGUACUGGUUUCCUCUCAUCGUGAUAAUAUACACUUACACCAGCAUUCUGUUGGAGAUCUGUAAGAGAACGAAGAAGAGCGAGCACGACAAGAUUCGUCGCUCGUCUAUGGGUUUUCUAACCAGAGCUAAAAUACGAACUCUGAAGAUGACUGUGAUCAUUGUCGCUGUGUUCUUCAUCUGCUGGACGCCGUACUACAUUAUGAGUCUUUGCGUUUCAGGUAUUGGAUCGACCGGCACUCCGCGUACAAAGUGGAUCAACGAAUCCAAAGAGGCCUCUUCCUGUUCGCAUCCACCAAUUCCUGUAUGAAUCCCAUCGUUUAUGGUGCGUUCAACAUACGAGACCGCAACAAGGUAUCUGUACGGCCAACUACGUUGGAAACUCGGGUCACCCCGUUGUCUUUGUCGCUCAGACUUCUGGAUUGAUGACGUUUAUGGAAAGCAAUAUAAACGUUACAAUGUCGAGUCGAAUCGUUGGCACAAAAGUCGACUGUA